AGAUGAUGUCAAUACAUUAAUGUUGACAGUUACCAGGAUGAAAAUAGUGCGUGAAUGGUAUCAUGCUAUCCAUCCUCGAGGACGGACAUAGGAGAGAAUCAGCAAACACUGUCAAGGUGACAUCCUCAAACAGGGGUCUGGUGAGGUAGAAACAUUCAGGCAAAUAAGAUCAGAGGCUAGAACAACCUACCACGUUUUAAAUGGGCAUUCAUUUAAUUGAAGGAAUUGUAAUUGCUUAAGGAUUUCAACUGAUGGUGCCUUUGAUCAACCCUUACAGGUAAACCGUCAAGCACGUUCCCGGAGUCAAGGACGCUGCUCAUCGAAUAGCACACGGAUAAUCACUUCAAAAUGCUGGCUUCUAUCAUUAUAACGUUAAUUUUGUUGAGCAGCUUAAUCGUGCUGGAAGUAAAUAGUCAAAAUGUGACCGCCGAGCAACGCCUGAUCACUGAUCUGAUGACAGGUUAUAAGAAGGAGGUUCGUCCAGGAAAUCCUAAUAUACCAGAUGGCAUCGAUGAAACACUCUCAUUAUACCAGAUAAUGGGCUUGGAUAACCGUAAACAAACGAUUACUUUCUCUGGCGGUCUGACACAAGUAUGGAUGGACCCUCGUCUUGGCUGGGACGUGGAGAAGUAUGAGUUUGUUCCAUUUACAUCUGUUCCCGCGGAGAUACUAUGGAGGCCUGACGUUGGCUUGUUCUCGAGCGUAGACGAUUUCUUCGACAUAGCGGAGCAGUCAAAGAACAAGGCCAUAAUACUUUCCAACGCAGUCGUGUGGUGGAACGUCAUCAAGGUGUUCACAAGUUCCUGCCCUCUGGACAUGAAAUACUUCCCCUUUGAUUCGCAACGCUGCGAAAUAAAAUUUUCAGGCGCGACUGGAUUUACUAACUUCAUAAAGUUCACUACGAAUGGAAAAAUCCUCCUCGAGUUCUUCACGCCGAACGCGGAAUGGGAUUUGAUCAAUGCGACGGGACGGGUUACCGAGCUACCCGUGUAUUCGAUGGAACAAGAUGGCGUCCUGCCGAACAUGAGUGUGUACACUGUGACCUUGACACUUCAACGGAGGACGGUAUACUACUGGAUACACCUGAUCAUACCUUGUAUGUUCAUCUCUGGUCUGAUUUGCUUCGUGUUCGUGAUGCCCGCGGAUGCCGGGGAGAAGAUCUCUUUCAGUGUGACCAUCCUCCUCGCCUUCAUCGUCUACCAGCUGCUAAUUGCCGAUUCCCUGCCGAAAGGAUCCCAGUCGGUCUCACUCUUGUCUGCCUACGUGACAGCAUUGGUGGUCCUUUCUGCCAUGUCAGUUAUUUUCAGCAUAAUCGUCCUGAAUCUCUACCAUCGCGAUCCUGGUGUCCCCUUGCCCCGGUAUUUCAGGAAGAUCGUGCUUUACAGCCUGGGGAAACUGGUGUGCAAGAAAGUGCCAGUGGUCAAACCAUUGAAGAAGGGUCAAGUUGAGGCAUGGCCAGAAAAAAGUGACGCCAACAGACUAAGCGUCUUUGUCCGCGAUCAGUACGGCACUAAAGAGGACCCGGAUGUUGUUAAGUCUGAUGAUUUGCGCAUUGACACAGAAGAACGAGAUGAAGUCGUUGUGAAUGAGUGGAAACUUGCGGCGGAAAUACUCGACCGAGUCUUCUUGGGGGUGUAUCUGAUAGUUACUGCUGUCGUGAAUGUGGUCAUACUGUUUAUUAUGCCAGUUUGGGCGAAGCAAAGCAUAGAAGAACACCAAUAAAAUAGGACAUGAAGCAUUGGUUGAUUAGGGUCACCUGAAGAUGGCCAAUUUAAUCCCCUUGCUCCUGCCCAUGUAAAUAAUUCCCCCUUUAAGCUGGAUAGUUGAAAAGCCAAAAUAAUUUUUUUACAUGCAAAUGACAUUUUGGAUAUAACUGAACAAACUUGCUUGUCGGACCUGAUAUUUGCGAAAUUUACGGCACUAAUUCACACCCUGUUUUAUUCCCACUGAGGAGGCUGGCCGCAUGUUACAUCUAUAGUCCUAUUCAUGCACACAUGAAUUAAACGCUUAAUCAAUAUUUGUGUCAGUCACGAAAUAAAUCAGAUGUGAUGAUUUUGUGAAAAACCACUCAGAAACAGUGAUAAUAUCCACUCAAAUAUACCCCAUACACCAUACGUAGCGAAUCGCAGAAAAAUUGGUCUGGAUACAUGGACAUGAAUAGUUGUACCUAGCAACAAUAUCACAAAUAUUGGAACGUGUGUUUGGCCAAAUUGAUAACAUUGCUUUUCAAAAGAGACACGGGAGAGGAUAAAUUGUAAAAUGAUUCACUGAUAUACAAUUUAUCCUCUCCCGUGUCUCCAGAACAGGAUAGCACCGAUUGAUAUGGCAAAAUGGAUGAAAGGUGGCCAUGACGCCCGUGAUUCAGUGCAUUGUACCCGAUUUGUACAUGUGCAUGGAUGCAUGAAUACCGUAUAUCAUAAAUGGGGCGCUUUAGGUAUUACAGUAUGUUCUGUUGCUGUUUUUUCAAAGGAAAUCAUUACCUUGGUGGUAUAAAGCUCAUGAUCAUGAUGACAACUGAUAUAAACGUGGAAAUAUGCCAAAAUAUCAGGCCUGUGUGUCCUCUAAACCGAUGGGUAGAGCAAAAGGUCUGGCUACAAUUUCUAACACGAUUCCAUUGUUCAUUGUAUGAUACCCAAACUCUCGACAUAUCAAUUUUGUUGCCUUGAGAGAAAAACAAUGCCACAAAAUUUAAUAUUCCAAAGCAUAUUGUUCCAUCAUUGCCGCCUUGUAUUGUGAUGAAAAAGUGGCGUAGAGACUCAUGCAAAAGGAUACUAUGACUGUUCACAAUGAACAUCAAAUCGCCCCAAGACAUAAGGUUUUUAACAAAGGGCCUCAGUGAAAGUUGGAAACGAUAUCAGAUUGAACUCUCAGUACCCUUCAACGUUCAAGGCCAUCCAUGAACUUUAUAUUAUUCAGACCACUAUACUACCAACAAGUAAGAAUAGAGGCGGCUUCGGGAGGGAUAGAUACACGAUGCACUACAGACUUCUUCUGGCUAUGGUUUACACUGGUGAUGAUGUGGAAUUAAUUUGCCUUUUCUUCUCGGUGCCUUUCGAACUUUUCUGGUGAUCGUGAUAAAAAAGCAACUGAAAGGACAUCCCUGAGUAACAGCUCAGCAUCCGAGGUAAACUCUGAGAGGUGACCAAAUUCAUGUUAUGAUAUUGAUCACUCUCUCCGCCGAACAGUCAAAUCGAUAUUGAAAUACUCACCACAUCUAUUGCAUGUAAGUGAAUCUUUAUGAUGUCGCCGACAAUUAUGAAAUGUUACCUAUGACUUUUGUGAGUGUUUAGUCAUAAUUAUUCAGCAGUCAUUAGCCAAGAAUGCAACAGUAAUGAGGAUGGGAGCUGCAUUGGUAAUGCAUUCAAGAGGUCAUUCACAGAAAUAAGAUAUUUACGCAGGACAAAGACGUAUAUGUAAGCAUAUGAAGAAAAUAAUGAGAACCUGGCGAAUACAAUGAAAAUGGGUUGGAAUCCGUCAGCUCUGAUCAUGAAUAUGUCAUUGGGCUCCUGUCGUCGAAUGCUGAACUGGUAAACGAUAAAGAUAGGCGAUGGUGAAACAUCGCGUUGAUGUUUUGAUUUCGUUUUUGUCUGACUAAAACUAAUUCUGCUGUCCUCGGCUUUACAGAGUUUCAAUCUGCCAGUGCAAAAGCGACCUUGGGAACUACCAAACCGUACUUAACGAUUUGUUGGCUCCUAUCGUUUCUAAACUGGACAAAUGAUUUUCGCUAUCAUUUUUUCGUAUAAGAAACAACAGUGAUUGGCAAUUUGCAAGUACAUGUAGUUUAUGAGCAUUGAGGGUGCUCUGGAGUUGUUAAGAACAAACAAAAGAGAAUGGAGGAAAAUGAAAAAAAUCAAAGAUCGAGUUUUGCUAAGGAUCGGAACGCAACAAAAUAUAGGAAGUAGCAGAAGACAUCUUCGAGUACCAUACAGCUCAAAGAGCCGUCAAACAACUCAGAAGUCAUUAUUCCUAUACUUGGUCCACAGAGACAUACUUGUACAUGUAUCAAAGUGACGAAGAAGAUGAAAUUUUCGACCUUCACAAUACCGGCGAGAAACAUGCUAUUCAGUGAAGCGGACUUGGGUUAUACACCGGCCGCCUCGCAUAUCGACUGUGUCCGUAAGUGCCUCCUGUUGUCACGGUGUACAACAGUCUCUAUCUUCUUCAUUACCAUCAAAUACAACUGCCAGCUCGACACCAGAAAAUGGCGGUGUGUCGAUGAUUUCUAUAAGGUAGAUGAUGGCCGCAUUUUCGAGAGAAAGGUAUAUAGAAAUUAUUUUCCUCCCUUUUCUUGCUUUCUUUCCUUUUAUUGGCCCAUACCAGGUUCACCUGAAUCCGAGCUAGAACAGAAUCAAAAAGCUUUAUCUGAGGGGUUUGAUUGGUGUUAUGAUUAACUUUCAACAAUACAUGUGAACAUUUUUAUUGCUGGGCUCUUCCAAAAUGAAGCAAAGUUGAACGCAACUGUAC